AUGUACGAUGAUAAAAUAGUCAAUAAUGAUAUCCAACCAGAAGAUUUUAAAAAAAUCAUACAUGAUUUGGAACAAAAUUUCUAUUUACCAAAAAAAAUUAUAUUAACAGAAGAUGAAGUACCAGCGGGCAGAAAAGACAUACCAGAGCAGAACUCCCUCACAGAUGAUAAUUCUAAAGUGGAAAGCUUAGAUGCAACAAAAAAUAGAAAAUAUAAAGUAGAAUAUGGUAUUGUUAAUGACCCUAUAAUACUGCCUUGCGGAUGCAUAGUUUCUAAACACAUAAAAUCACAACUACUACAAGAUUAUGAUAUCCAAGAUUUUUAUAGUAGAACUGAUUCAGUAGGUUUAAAAAAGGACAAAUAUAAUAUAAAGUAUAAUAACCUAUCGACCCCAAAUACAACUGACAUUUCUAAUAAUAUCCAAAUAUGUCCUGUAUGUUAUAAUGAUUCCGAUGUACUCAAAGGUUUUUUGGUCAAACCGUUGAUCAUGAUAUAUAAUCAAUUAGAUUUUCUCAAGAAAAAAUAUCUAGUCGACGCAUGCACAGACUCUGUCAAUAGAGAACUUGAAUCCAGAAAAGGCAGUCUUACUAGAGCCGGUAAUAACCACGAUAACGAAACUACCAGGAGAAAAUCAUCUUUUUCCAAAAAAGAUGGCGAUUUUUAUUUGAGCGACGAUUAUCAAGAUUAUUACAAUAACAACAUGAAUAAUUUUGCCAUUGAUGACAUUUAUGAAGAUGAAAACUACGAAGAUAUGGAACUUAGAAAAGAUAAUCGAAGAAGGAAAAGUAACAAAACACAAUCUUUAAUAUCAUUAUUUCACACCGUAGCAAUCAAAGUUGCCAACUCGGAGCUAGGCUCGGCUGAUGGUAACAAUAACAACCAUAACAAUAGCAAGGUGGAUGAUAAACCUUCAGGUUUUUAUACAAAUAAUACAGAAAAGGUUGCCGGCGAAAUAUUUGAUGAUUCUGUUUCAAAAACUAAAACAGUCUCUUUGAAGGAGGAUAAAUCAUCAACUUUCUUAUUUGGUGAUACAAAAACUUCAACUUCAGUCCCAAACAACAAUAGCAUAAUUACAGGUACUUUCCCUAAUCAACAAAAAAAUAAGCUGCUAAUGCAACAACAGUUUCAGUCGUGUCUGUUGAAAAAUAAUGGGAAAUUCGAUAAUACCGCCAAAAGUAAAAAAUCACUAAUUACACAACAACAAAACGCUACUUAUAACAAAUUAGAUGAAGAAAAGGAAUAUUUUUUCGCCAAGUGUUUUCCUAUGUAUAGGAAAAGAACACAAUAUAGCACACAUCCUAAAUUUUUGAGAGCUAAAUCGAAGCUGUUUAUUAAUACAGAUAUAUCGCCGGAUUGCUCUAAAUUUGCACUAAUAACAGAAAAAAAAUGGGAAAUUUAUUCUAUCGAUGGAAAUUCAAACGAGACCAAAUUAUUUUGCUGCGGGAAAAUUACUGGCGAAUAUGGUCCAGACUUUGACCAUUUAACUUUGCCUCAUCCAGAUGCAAUUAAACCAAAAACACAUAAUGGUGGUAGCGAAACCAACAGUAGUUCAUCUAAAAUUGAAUGGGACCAUUUGUUUUGUAAAUUAUCUUUAAACUUUUUAGUUAUUACGGGUACAAAGGGCUAUCUAAGAAUCUUUGAUUUAGAAAAGGGAGGAGAGCCAAUCUACACCUUUCAUUCAAUUUUCCCCAUUAGAUGUAUGGACAUUGAUUAUAAUACGAAUAUUAUAGCAUGUGGGAUAACUGGUAAAGAUAGAACCAACGGUGCGGAACAAGCACUAAUUUCAUUUUAUAGAAUUGGCCCACAAAGUGAUGACAGUGAAAUCAAUGGAAGUGCACGGCCUGACCAUAAAAUUGAACGCAAAGUCUCUUACACCGUUUUAGCACCGAUCACCAUUACAUUACCUUAUAGAGAUCCAAUAAAUACUUUACAGUUUUCACAAGAUGGUAACUAUUUAUCGUGCUCCACCUGUUUUGAAUCUAGAUUUCUGGUAAUAUCAACUAGAAAAAUUAGUGAACCGAGAUUGGUAAUGAAAUCGAUAAGAAGUAUAGAUACGUCUUUGGAAAGCGAGGGUAUUACAGACACUAAAAUAUUCCCUGGUAAUAGUAACCUAAUGUGUGUUACUGCGGUGUCAUUUAAUGCACCACCCAUUGUGAUUAACACAAAAAUCCAAAAUAUCACGAUGACCUCUAACCAGCAUGUAGCUCAGCCUACGAUGCUACUAAGGUUGGAUGAAUUGGGUUCUAAAAUAUACAAAUGCGAGAUUUCGCCUAGGAAUGAUAGUAUUGCAUUUUUAGAUAAAAAUGGUACAGUUUAUAUUAUGUCUUCUCCAACCAUGGGCGAUAGCGAAAAAAGGAGGAUUGUUAUAGUCGAAGUAUGUGCCAAUGCUUUUAGAUUACGUGAAGCUGCAAGUUUAAGAUUUAGUAGUGAUGGCCAUAAGUUAUACAUUUUAGAUAGAAAGGGAAAUUUAUACAUAGAAGAUUUUGCGGCUGGAUUGCCUCAGAGCACCUUUGUUACCAAGUGUAAACAUAUUAGCUAA